GUGACCAGUGUGUGUGACGGCAGAAGAAGAGCAACAAACAAACCAGGAAGUGUCAACUUUCAGACGUGCUUGCACGAAAACAUGAUGGGGAACUGCUCAAUCGCGGAAGUUUUUCUUUGUUUUAGGCUAUGGCGACUGUCGUGGGUCGGCUUCGGGCGAUGGUUUACUGCAGCUCUGCCUUAGCUGCAAACGCUUCUGUCUGCUGCGGGGCCGAGUGAGUCGGGGGAAGACAUGGAUGAAGUGAUCACUCUGAGCUCGGACGACUCUGAUGUGGAAAUCGUCGGCUCCACCGCUGGAUUCUUUAGCAAGCCCGACCCGCUGCCGCUGUCCGAUGUUCGAGUUGACGUCGAUGCAAUGAACGUCAACGUCCCACCGCGUUAUAUUGACCUCACAGAUCCAAGAUGGAGGCCUCCAGGGCUGAAGUUGCGCACAAGACAGAAUUCCACUGGAAAGCCAGUUGUCGACUUAACUGAGAGCGAUUCAAAUGGUGCAGAACAGAAGACCAAGGGUAACUUGGUCCUAGGUGGCUGUCCUUUAAAAGUAGAAAGUGUCGACGUAAUUCAAAACCCAGAUAAGCAAGACUUCAACUCGCAGAAGGCCUCUUCAGUAGAUGGUGUUGUCGCUCCGAAGCAGGAGUGUGGAAACUUAAAGUCGUUUCAGAGACGUUUGAAUAAGGCCCCGCGAAGACAGAGACGCUAUAGAGCCUACCACAAACUGGCUGUGAAGUUGCCACGAGUGCCUUUUCUUGAAACUCAUAUCGCAGACCUUAAGAUGCCAAGGUGUUACGUCAGCUUAACCAAAGAUUGCACGCGCAUGUCACUGUGCUUCAGAGAAGUGAACGUCGACAGCAAAGCAUCGGAUUGUGUUAACCAUUCAAGGACUGUUACCCCACCGCAGGUUCCUCACAUGGAGCCAAAUGUGGUUGAAUCACUGAUCGGAUCAGGGCAGCAAGAGCAUGAGUUUGCAAGCUCACCGUUGCAAGAUCAGAGAUCUUCGGACUGUAGGAGCCCCGCUGGCUCUUAUUGCUCAGAUAAAGGAAGCUCUUUUGAGCACAGCACUCGUGGGGGUGAGUGGGAUGACUUUUGCUCACCGGAGCGUGUCCCAUCCCCAACCGUCGCUUCUUUAACUCCACAUAAAGAAGUCCUCUGCGCCAACCUGGAGCAACUGGAACUAAACCAAGUGGAAUCGAGACAGAGCCGUCUCUCCGUUCAGUCGCCUCCCCCCCGCUCUCCUUCUAACAGGCUGAACUCUUCUGAGCCCUUCGAACCCGAUUCUCUCCCCAAUACAAGGCCUGCAACUCAUAAAUUUAAGAGUGAAGCCGACCCGCCGCCUACUUCUGGACAUGUAUCGGGUGAAAAUGAACAUGAAUGGCAGCUGGAGACUGAACCAUACCGGGACGAUAGCCCGGUCUCGUUUCUAUGGCAAGAGGGAAGUGAUGGAGAAGACAUGGAUGCGGACAACAGGUUCGGCAUGGACUUCAGGGCAGUCAGCAGGGAAGACAGGCAUUUCGUUUGCCCUGUCGCACUCAGGAAAAUAAUGUCUGGACCAGCUCAGUCCCUGAUUGAUGAGGAUGAUGAAGGCUUUGGAACUCCAGAGGUGCUCUGCCGUCAGAGCUUGAGCCUGGUUUACAGCACCAUCGACGAGAACUACACGGAGGGAACUCUGCAGCUCUUGUCGGACCUUCUCCAGCCGGGCUACUACCCCCCCAAAGACAUCACCAACCACCUGCUCCGCGGCAUUCUGCUCGACCCACAGUGUCCCCAUCACCUCUGUGUGCAGGCCUUUAAUCUGCUGAUGAGGACGCAGAGACUUCACAUGGCUAAUAAAGGAAAUGUUCCAUGGGACUGGGAGUUGCUGACCUCAGUCAUGGCCAACCAGGACAACGCAAAGAGACAUCGAUGUGAGAUUGUGCGCAUGCUCCUUGAGUACAUCGUACAGACUCUGGAGGACGACUUUCAGGCCAAACGUGCAACAUCUUCUCUCCACCAGUCGAUCGCAAAGACAACACUGUCAUGUGAUCAGCAGUUUCCGAGGGUCAGGGAAGUCGUGAAGUGGUUGUUUUCUGCCAUCAUGAAAUCGACAGAGCAUGCAGGGAGCAGAGAAACAACCAGAGAGAAAGACGAAUACAAUAGAAUGGUGUCCAUCUUCCAGAGGAUGCUGUCUCUCGCCCUGGACGUGGAUCGUUCUCCUGCUCUGAACUCUGCCAAACUGUCUCAAGAGCUCUUCCAUAUGCUCGUCAGCAAUGUGCCUCAGCGAGCGCACAGGAUGUUGUUGCUGGAGAGCCUGCAGAGCAAGCUGCUGAGAUGUAAGCUGUUAGAACAUCUGUUGGACUAUGCAUGCCCAUUAAAAGUCUCCCUGCCUAUGUCGCUCAAUCUGCUCCUCCACUUUCUGAAGAACUGCACUCUGGCACCAGACCCGAUGGAUGGGACUGAGAGGUGGCAGAAGUGGGAAGAGUUGGUCCAUCUCCUCUGGAUGCUGCUCCUCAGCUACAACAAGGCAAUGAAAGGGUAUCUGUGCAGCUCAUUCCCUGACCAAAGAGCCAGAGCUGGCACGUUGGUCUACAAGCCGGACGACAAGUUGUCAAAGCCCGCAGUCCGUGAAGCUGUGGAGGCCUUCCUGUCCAGAUCCCAGGCUGACCUCGGCCAAGCUCUACCUUUUCAUGUGGAAGAGUCUCUAACUUAUCUACAGGAUCACCUGCUGGACGUCUGUCAGUGUUAAACUAAAAAAAAUCACUUUGGACAAUAUUGUUGCUAUUAUUCGGUAAAUUAUGACGUAUUGUAUAGAUUUGUAUAUACUUCACAUGUACAAUUUUUAAUGCUUAAAUGUCUGUGGCCAAAGGCAUCAUGGCUUUGUUUAGAUUGCCAGCCCAAAUUUGUCUUUUGGCAUAUUCAGAUUCAUUUUGAAAAGUAUGCAGAAAAUUGAUGAAUUUAUAUGUGUAUUUUGCAAGUCUGAUCCCAACCGGUUCCACUGAUACAUCUCAGUCAGAUUUCUGUGCAGCUUAGCUGUGUGGUUACUGAUGAGUGCAUUUUUAUGACAGUGAGGCAUACAGAUCAGCUGCCAAAUAAUAAUGUUACAAAAAUA